GGGAACUCUUGUGGAUCAAGGAGGCUGCGCUGCAAGUUGUGCAACAAGGAAUUCACAGGGACACAGAAACGAGCGAUGGAGCACUUUUGUUUGAAGAGGGUCUCCGCCCAGUGUCCAAAUGCAACGAUGGCGAUUUGGAGGAGGUUGCACAGGGUUGGUUUUGAGAUGCCGCCAGAUCUUAUGGAGAGGGUGCAGCGUGCAAUAGAAGAGACUGCUAGCGAUGACGAUGAUGGUCCUGUGCUGGAGGACGACGCGGUGGGGCGAGGGGGAGGGGUUACGAUGGAUGGGGAGGCAGGGGAGGUGGUUCAUGGGGAGGCUGGCAGCGGAGUGGAUGAGGUGACAAGAGGGGUUGUGGCCGAUGGAGAGACUCCGACGAGCAUCGUCAGGUACGCGAAGAACCCCAGACAGGCGGACAUCGAUGAUACCUGCUGCGAGUUCUUCGUCGGGAACGCCAUCCCGUUCAACGCCGCGAAAAGCAAGAGCUUCAAGAAGUUCYAGCUGGCGUGUUAUGGGCCGCAACCUGCGGCGAGCUGCCCUCUUGUGCCCACUGGGUACAACCCACUACGWUGCAGGCUGCUUGAUCRGUUGCGCGGGAGGUUGGAGGCUGAGGAGAAGGCRSUCYGGGACGACUGGGAGGUGACAGGCUGCACGUUCAUAACCGAUGGCACCACAGACAUCUGUGGGCGAUCGCUUAUGAACUACAUCCUCGCCGGGCGGUCGAAACCCGUUUUCAUCAAAUGCGAGGAUGUGAGCGAGGGGGAGAAGGAUGCAGCUGCCGUCGUCGCUGGGUGGAAGAGGUUCUUCAGGGAGUGGGGAGUAGAGAAGGUGACUGCGAUCUGCACAGACUCCUUCGCAGGGGACAAGAGCACUGCCCGGAUGUUGAGGGAGGAUCCUGAAUUCGCGCAAAUCUACUGGAUCCCUUGCAUGGCACACUGCAUGGACCUGCUCAUGCACGACAUCUGCAAGAAGGAGUGGUCGGCGACCAUCAUCGAGAAGGCCAACAAGGUGGUCACCUUCUUCAGAGUGCACAGGUGGCCACGACCGCAGCUGAGGACGCAGUUGUUGCAGUACCCUGACCUUAAAUGCACUUGCCUACUUCGCCCAGCUCAGACGAGGUUUGGGACAAACUACGUGAUGCUGCAACGACUGGAGGUCUGUGCCAGGGCCAUCAUACGCAUCGUGAAUGGACUCGCCUGGGAGAGGAUGGUGUGGAGGGGGGAUAUCAGGGGGAAGGCGUUAUUUGUGGAGGAGACUGUUCUUGACAGGGCCUUCUGGGCUGAUAUCAAGAAGCUGACCACCCUCAUGAAGGGCCCUUAUGAAGUCCUACGAGAGGUGGACAAGGAUGUCCACUGCUUGUCUCGGAUCUACGACUUGGCCCGUCAAUUGCCUGUCUUCGUCCGUUCGCCCCCCCUCGGUGACAAGGAGCGAGAUGAUGUCCUGGUGGACGUGAAGAAUAGGACAGAUAUGCUGCUCAGCCCGAUCCACGCCGUGGCCCGGUUGCUGGAUCUGGUGUUGAGGGACAUUGCUGUUUUCAGCAAUGUCGAGCUCAUGACGCAGUUUGAGGCUGUUGUGGAGCGCCUCAUCGGCAAGAGAGGGAGAAAGACGUUUGACGACUGCUUGGACCAACUGUAUGAGUUCCAGAUGGCGAGAGGAGUGUUCGGCACCACACGGGCGGUGCAGAGGGCGAAGAAGGACAAUGCGGUGCUGUGGUGGGAGGCGCACGGGGCUGGCCAUCCAGAGAUCAAGGCUCUGGCGGUGAAGGUGCUCUCCAUUUGGACGACAUCCUCUCCAGCAGAGAGGAAUUGGAGCACUUGGUCCAUUGUGCAGACAAAGUCCACGAACAAGCUGCACCACCAGCGCACCGAGAAGUUGGUGUACUCGCACUGGAGCCUCAGGCUCAAGAGCAGGGGCGACGACAGCCCAACGGUGGUAGGAGGAUGGUUGGGGCUAGCAGCAGACUGGGCUGACGAUGAUUUGGAGGGUGAUCAGGCGGGUUUGACUGACGCUGUCGACGACGGUGAGCUCGGUCAUGAGGCUGCUCCAUCCGGUGCAGGUAGCACCACCAUUCGCCAUGAUCCUGCUGCGGCCGGGACAUCAGCAGGCGUGUCGAGGCGAGGAGAGGUGGAGGAGGGUAUGGAGUGGGGUGACAUGGAGGAGGAGGAGGACGAUGACGAUGUGGACAGCGAGGACGAGAUUCCACAUAACGAGUGGGUGGACAAUCGGUCAGACUCUGACAGAUCGUGGACGAGGAGGGAGGAAAUCACACCAUAUGUUCCGGGCACACGACAUGCAUUGAGGCCCCAGAGUCAGCGGCAGCAGAUGCAGCAACAUGAGGAGCAGCCUGUGGAGCACCAUGAGCAGGCUGUUGUGGAGCAGUAGCAGCAGCAGGCUGACGAGUAGCAGCAGCAACAGUAGGCUGCCGAGGCUGAAGAGGAGCAGCAGGCUGACGAGGAGCAGCAGGUUGACGAGGAGCAGCAGCAGGCUGACAAGGAGCAGCAGCAGCAGUAGGCUGACGAGGAGCAGCAACUUGAAAUAGGGGAGCAGCAGCAGCAGGCUGACGAUCAGCAGGGGGAGGAGGCACUGGGGCACAGGGAGCAAGAUGGGCGAGGCAGAGGGAGCAAGCAAUAGAUAUGGCGCAGCAGCAUCGUAUUGUGUACCCAUGACUACUGCAUGAACUAACCUUGUGCGAGGAAAGGUUUCAAAAAAAUGAAAUGUUUUGCAAAGA